CUUGUAUUUUUUUUUUUUUUUUAUUUUUCUCUUUCGCUCUUCGAUCCAUUCCUUUCACCCUCCUCCUUUCUUGCUUUGCGUAACCCUCGUGAGCUUCUGUUCUCCUCGAGCUCUCUCUCCCUUCCAAUCAAAACAGCCGCCCCAAAUCAAUGCUCCUCCAGGGGCACACCUUCACACUGACGGUGACUGCCCUCCCCAAUCAUCAUGGCCAGCGGUAGACCUUCAGGUCGUCAUCCAGCCGCUGGCCGGGAUGAUGACCUGCUACAAAUGGAGGAUGCCACCCCCAUAUACAACACCGGACAGCCCCCGCCGGUCAGCGACGAUCGACUCUUGCGACAGUACGACAUUGACGACUCCGACCAACCCGAGGCGCGUCCCUCCGUUUCCUACGAUAGUUUUGUCGGUGGACGGGAGCCACCACAUUCCGGUGCGCAUGCGACGAGCUCAUCUUCCCCCCCCGGGCAGUCCGGGGCUUACCUGACCGAUCCUUACUCCGGACACGACAUGUCUCGAACCUUCUCGCAGACUUCCGGCCUGAGCAAUUACCAGCGCUACUCUCUGGAUGAGUAUGACGAUGAGCGUGCGACACAUGGGUACUAUGAUAUGACAGGCGAGCACGACCAGCACCUGGGGGCGGACUAUCAUGGAGGGAAGGCGAGAGAGCGCAACAGUAUACUUGCCAUGGGGGGUGGAUUGGUGGGCAGAGCAAAGCACAUGUUCGGAAUACAGCCCGAGUAUUCGGGGAUGGAUCUUCCUCUGACCGAAGCUGGGGCAAGAGCAGCGCGAAUCGACAGUACACAUUCCGAUGACGCUGGCGCUGCGACGGGCCGCCCCAAAAAGCCCAAGGGCUCUUCCUUUAAGUUUGGUUUUGGCAGGAACAAGACCGAUCCCUCGACUCUUGGUCCGCGCCUGAUCAUGUUGAACAACGCCCCGGCCAAUGCGGUGCACAAGUUCGUCGACAACCACGUGUCCACGGCCAAGUACAACCUCAUUACCUUUUUCCCCAAGUUCUUGUACGAACAGUUCUCGAAAUAUGCCAACUUGUUUUUCUUAUUCACCGCUGUUCUGCAGCAGGUCCCGAACGUGUCCCCUACCAAUCGGUAUACCACUAUUGCCCCGUUACUCAUCGUGUUGACGGUUUCGGCGAUCAAGGAAUUGGUUGAGGAUUAUAAGCGGCGGAGCUCCGACAAGUCGCUCAACUACUCAAAGACCCAGGUUCUGAAAGGCUCAGCGUUUCAUGAGACCAAGUGGGUUGAUGUGGCUGUCGGAGACAUCGUUCGGGUUGAAUCAGAGCAGCCGUUCCCCGCGGAUUUGGUUCUUCUGGCGUCCUCGGAGCCGGAAGGUCUAUGCUAUAUUGAAACGGCUAAUUUGGACGGCGAAACCAAUCUGAAAAUCAAGCAAGCCAUUCCGGAGACUGCACAUCUUGUGAGUCCCGCCGACCUUAGCCGGCUCAGUGGGAGAGUAAGAUCCGAGCAGCCGAACAGCAGUUUGUACACCUACGAAGCAACCUUGACUAUGCAUGCUGGAGGGGGAGAGAAGGAGCUGCCUCUCGCACCAGACCAGCUUCUUCUCCGUGGAGCAACCCUUCGUAACACCCCUUGGAUUCACGGCAUUGUCGUUUUCACGGGCCACGAGACAAAACUAAUGCGAAAUGCGACGGCAACUCCGAUCAAACGAACCGCCGUUGAGCGCAUGGUCAACGUUCAGAUCUUGAUGUUGGUCAGUAUUCUUGUGGCACUCAGUGUGGUGAGCUCCGUCGGCGACCUGAUUAUCCGACAAACCCAGCGCGACAAGCUUAGCUAUCUCGACUACGGCAGCACAAACCCCGGCAAACAGUUUAUUAUGGAUGUAUUCACCUACUGGGUACUAUAUUCGAACCUUGUCCCGAUCUCUCUCUUCGUGACUAUUGAAAUUGUGAAAUAUGCGCAGGCAUUUUUGAUAAACUCGGAUCUAGACAUCUACUACGAUGCAACCGAUACCCCAGCUAUUUGCAGGACCUCAUCCUUGGUUGAGGAACUGGGCCAGAUCGAGUACAUUUUCUCUGAUAAGACCGGGACCCUGACUUGCAAUAUGAUGGAGUUUAAGCAGUGCUCGAUAGCUGGCAUUCAGUACGGAGAAGAUGUCCCGGAAGAUCGACGUGCCACGGUUGAAGAUGGAGUUGAAGCUGGAGUCCAUGACUUCAAAACGCUCAGAGAAAAUCUCGUUUCUCAUCCGUCUAAGGAUGUAAUCCAUCACUUUCUCGCCCUUCUCGCUACUUGUCACACCGUUAUCCCAGAACGGUCCGAGGCAGAGCCAGGUAAAAUCAAGUACCAGGCGGCAUCCCCGGACGAAGGGGCUCUUGUCGAAGGCGCAGCAUUGCUGGGAUAUCAGUUUACGAACAGAAAGCCUCGGUCCGUGAUUUUCUCGACUGGAGGACAAGAGUAUGAAUAUGAGCUGUUGGCCGUUUGCGAGUUUAACUCCACGCGGAAGCGUAUGUCCACAAUCUUCCGAUGCCCGGAUGGGAGAAUCCGCGUCUAUACCAAAGGUGCCGACACCGUUAUCCUGGAACGGUUGCACCCGAACAAUCCUACUGUCGAUGCCACCCUGCAGCAUCUCGAGGAAUAUGCUUCGGAUGGGCUCCGCACACUUUGUUUGGCUAUGCGUGAGGUUCCGGAAGAAGAAUUCCAACAUUGGUACCAGAUUUACGACAAAGCUGCCACCACCGUCAGUGGGAACCGUGCUGAUGAACUUGACAAGGCGGCUGAGCUGAUCGAGAAGGAUUUCUAUCUCCUUGGUGCGACGGCUAUUGAGGAUCGACUUCAGGAUGGUGUCCCGGAUACUAUUCACACCUUGCAGACUGCAGGAAUCAAAAUCUGGGUAUUGACUGGCGACCGGCAGGAGACUGCGAUCAACAUCGGCAUGUCCUGCAAGCUAAUUUCGGAGGAUAUGACGCUUCUGAUCGUGAACGAAGAGAGCGCCGCAGCCACCAGAGAUAAUUUGACAAAGAAGCUUCAGGCUGUCCAAAGCCAGACCGAGGCAGAAGCAAUGGCUCUUAUUAUCGACGGUCGAUCUCUGACGUUUGCCCUUGAGAAGGAUAUGGAAAAGUUGUUCCUAGACUUGGCGGUUAUGUGUAAAGCUGUUGUCUGCUGUCGUGUUUCCCCCCUCCAAAAAGCCCUCGUUGUCAAGCUUGUCAAACGCCAUCUCAAGUCUCUGCUGCUGGCGAUCGGUGACGGCGCCAAUGAUGUUUCGAUGAUUCAAGCCGCUCACGUUGGUGUCGGCAUCAGUGGCGUCGAGGGUCUACAGGCUGCACGGUCUGCUGAUGUGUCAAUUGGUCAAUUCCGUUAUCUUCGCAAACUGCUUCUUGUGCACGGGGCCUGGAGUUAUCAUCGCAUCAGUCGAGUUAUUCUAUAUUCGUUCUACAAAAAUAUUGCACUUUAUAUGACACAGUUUUGGUAUUCUUUUCAAAAUGCAUUUUCUGGCGAAGUCAUUUAUGAAUCAUGGACCCUUUCCUUCUACAACGUCUUCUUUACGGUGCUCCCUCCGUUUGCGAUGGGUAUUUGCGACCAAUUCAUUUCUGCCCGGCUCUUGGAUCGAUAUCCUCAGCUAUACCAACUGGGUCAGAAGGGAGUGUUCUUCAAGAGACACAGUUUCUGGUCCUGGGUCGCCAAUGGAUUCUAUCACUCGCUACUGCUGUACAUUGUUUCGGAAUUGAUUUUCCUCUGGGACCUUCCCCAAGGCGAUGGAAAGAUUGCUGGCCACUGGGUCUGGGGUGAAGCUUUGUACACUGCAGUCCUUGCCACCGUGCUCGGUAAGGCUGCGUUGAUCACCAACAUCUGGACCAAAUAUACGUUCAUCGCCAUCCCCGGAUCAAUGAUUAUCUGGUUGGGCUUCUUGCCUGCGUACGGUUACGCGGCACCAGCGAUUGGCUUCUCGCGGGAAUACUACGGCACCAUCCCGCGCCUCUUCACCUCCCCCAUCUUCUACCUGAUGGCCGUUGUCCUUCCCUGCCUCUGUCUCGUCCGCGACUACGCCUGGAAAUACGCCAAACGCAUGUACUACCCACAACACUACCAUCACGUCCAGGAGAUCCAGAAAUACAACGUGCAAGACUACCGGCCCCGCAUGGAGCAGUUCCAGAAGGCCAUCCGGAAGGUGCGCCAGGUGCAACGCAUGCGCAAGCAACGUGGUUACGCGUUUAGUCAGGCCGACGAGGGCGGCCAGAUGAGAGUUGUCAACGCUUACGAUACCACGAGAGCCCGAGGCCGCUAUGGAGAAAUGACCAGUUCCAGGAAUUUGGUUUAACGGACAUUCUGAUUCAGAUCUGAUUGUAUUCUUUCAUUUUUUCUUGUGUUUAUUUGCAUGAGAUGUAUUUUUUUUUUUUUUUUUUUUUACCCCCCUUU